AUGGAAGAUCGAACGCAUUUUACAACUUCGUUGAUCCAAAAAUUGCGUACCUCUUCCAUUCUGCAAUUUGACACAUUGAAACUGGAGGAGAAUUGGCGAGCGGAAAUUUCAGAACUGCAGUCCAUAAUCAAGGCCUUGAGUGAUGAAAAUGCUCAACUGACGGAGAUGAUCGAAGCGGCCAAGAGCUCCAGGUCCCAUCGACUGGUUGCAGCUACUGCACCACGAAAAACAGAGGAGGAGAGCUUGUUACGCCGGCUUAAAGAAGUUGUCGAUGCUCAGACAGUCGAAUUGCGCUCUCAACGGAGAAUUCUCGCUCAACGAUCAAUUGAUUUCGACGCCAUGAAACUUCAAGCUGUUCGCUUAGCUCACUUAAACGCCAAAGGACCCCGUUUGAAAUUUAUUACACAAAAUGAGGAUUUGUCAGGUGGAAUGAUAGCAUAUUUAACUGACAAGAUAAAAGAUUUGGAAACCCGCCUUCAGGCAAAACGGGUCUUGAUUGAAGAGAUGAAAAAUCACAUCGGUCCAUCACCUGAAGGCUGUCAGUAUUCAAAGGCCCUAAUGACAACUUCUCUUGUAAGUUAA